UUUCAACACUACUAUAUAACAAAUAAUUUGAGCAGUCAUGGCUGUAACUACAGUAGUGCUCCUCACUUUCUUUGUGGCCCUGUUUGCUCCUGGCACAGCCAGGAGCCUUAACAGUGAGACGGAAGUAGCAGACCCCGAAAACGUGGCAAAUGUAAAACUAGUAAAGAAAGAGGCGGAAGUAGCAUCCCUUUUAGAGACGAGAGGGGGACCCGGUAUUUUGGGACAAGAAGAACUAGAGAGGAGAGGGGGACCCGGUAUUUUGGGACAAGAAGAACUAGAGCGAAGAGGGGGACCCGGUAUUUUGGGAGAAGAAGAACUAGAGCGAAGAGGGGGACCCGGUAUUUUGGGAGAAGAAGAACUAGAGCGAAGAGGGGGACCCGGUAUUUUGGGAGAAGAAGAACUAGAGCGAAGAGGGGGACCCGGUAUUUUGGGAGAAGAAGAACUAGAGCGAAGAGGGGGACCCGGUAUUUUGGGAGAAGAAGAACUAGAGCGAAGAGGGGGACCCGGUAUUUUGGGAGAAGAAGAACUAGAGCGAAGAGGGGGACCCGGUAUUUUGGGAGAAGAAGAACUAGAGCGAAGAGAGGAACCCCGGGUUUUUGGGAGAAGAAAUAGAGCGAAGAGGGGACCCGGUAUUUUGGGAGAAGAAGACUAG